CAACGAAAGAAAGGACGGAACGGAAUCCCGCUGACGCGAGAAAGGCGCCUGAAAAGAUGCCGAUUGAUUUAUACUACUUCGUGUGUAGCCCGCCAUGCCGGUCGGUUCUACUACUGGCAAAAGCGAUCGGUGUCCACUUGAACUUGAAAACGAUUUCACCCUUAAAGGGGGAGCACAUGAAGCCCGAAUUCGUGAAGUCGACCAAUUAUGGGAUAUUUAGUGAGCAAGUACGCCAGGGAUGACUCUCUGUAUCCGAAAGAUCCGAAAAUGAGAGGCAUCGUGGACCAAAUGCUGUAUUUCGAUGCCGGCUCACUUCACGAGAGCAUGAUUAAUUGCUACUAUCCUGUAAUAUUCUUCGGAGCACAUUCUACAAACGAGAGAAACGUGCAAGCUGUGGAAAAAUCAUGCGACUUGUUGAACACGUAUCUCGCUGACAGAGAGUUCGUCGCUGGUGACACGCUCACCAUCGCUGACUUUGCCAUCCACACGACUGUUUGUGUUUUA